AAGUGUUUCCGCCCUUGUGCAAAAAAUUCUGAUUACAAAAUUAUUACAGUAUAACAAAAAAAAAGACACAGUUUCGGAAGUUUGAAAAUUGUCAACUCUCUCAUUAAAAAAACGUAUUAAAAAUAAUAAAUAUUACAUGGCAGUGGGGGAAAUCUCUCCAAAAUGUAACAAAGUUAUUUUUUCAAUAAAAUCUUGAUAAAAGUUGUACACAACUUCAGUUAUUUUUAUUUCUUCAGUAAAUAAUGUGUGAACAUGAUGUUAGUUGUAAUAUUUUCGAUCUUAACACAAGUCGGCAGUAGUGAGGUUAUAUUGGCCAACAACACAUUCAAUCCUAGAGGCCCCCUUGUAAAAUGUUCUUUCUUGCCUUGGGAAUUUAUCACUUGUAAGGAUCCUGUCGACCACAAAGGUAACCGAACAGCGAAAGAAGAGUUGGGCUAUGGGUGUGUAAAAUUUGGUGGUAUGAAAUAUGAAGAUGUUGAGAGGACUAAAGUGGAAUGUACUGUUUUGGAAMGGAUAGAAUGUUACGGAAAUCGAACUUUUCUUAAAGAAGGUGUCGCCUGUGUUAAAUAUUCAGAUCAGUACUUUACAACAACACUGUUAUACAGCAUUUUGUUGGGAUUUCUAGGGAUGGAUAGAUUUUGUUUAGGUCAGACAGGAACAGCAGUUGGUAAAUUGUUAACGUUAGGUGGAGUUGGUAUUUGGUGGAUUGUUGAUAUUGUAUUGCUUGUAACCAAUAAUUUAGGGCCUGAAGAUGGCAGUAAUUGGAAUCCAUAUGUUUAAAUCAGUAAAUAAAACACUUGUUUUACUUUA